UCUACGCGCUUGAAAUGUUUCACAUAUAUGUCUUUAUAGCCGUUGCGCUGCUGCUCAUCAAGUUAUAUCUAUUCUAUAUCAGGAGGUCGUGCAAAUCACAUCGAUGUCUUAUUGGGAAAACGGCGCUAAUAACUGGAGGAUAUUCUGGUAUUGGAUUUGCGACAGCUGUGGAUUUGGCAAAAAGAGGUUGUAAGGUGAUAAUCGCGGAUAUUAUGAACCCCAUGGAAAGUGCGGAACGGGUAAAACAUUUGACAGGAAACCCGAAUGUGUAUGGGCUUCCAAUAGAUUUGAGCUCUCUGAAGUCAGUCCGCAAGUUCUCGAAGAUUUUGCACAAUAUAGAGGAAAAAAUAGACAUUCUGAUCAACAAUGCCGGAGCUUGCGGUUUUAAUGGUCAAUUCACCAACGAUGAACUGCAGAAGACCAUGCAGAUCAAUCAUUUGGGUGGCUUCCUUUUAAUCCAUCUUGUUCUAGACAUGUUGAAAAAGGCGGAGAAGGCAAGGAUUGUAUCCGUGAGUUCUAUAUACUCGUUCCUGCAUAAUAUGAAAUCUCACAACGAGAUAAACAAGCCGCCCUCGACCUUCGACAAGAAAUUGACAACCAUCGUCGACUACGGUAACUCGAAACUGUGCGUCAUUGCUGCGUGUAACGUCAUGAGCAAGAAACUCGUUAAAUACAACAUCACCUGUAAUACGCUCUGUCCUGGUUUGGUGUGGACCAGCAUACAUUAUGAUAGUUUCAAAGCCAUUCCCAAUAAGAGCGUUAUCGACAAAUUCCUUUUCUUCACAUUUUACCUCUCAUGGAUUUGGUUCUACUCCAAGACUGUGAUGCAAGGAGCUCAAACGUCUAUAAAUUGCGUCGUCUCGGAGAAACUGGAUUCGGUCACAGGACAGUUUUUCAGGAAUUGCGAACCAUCACGACAACCAAGAUUAGUGCAAGACCCAGACUUCUGCCAAAAUGUAUAUAAGGAGAGCGAAGUUUUGUGUGGUCUUACGUCCGACGAAAAAAUUUCCUAAUCAUUUCACUAGAUUAAUUAGUUUUGUAAAUAUAGUCCUCAUUGUUUCGUUCUUCAUCUGUGUCGCAAUUAAUGUACAUUUAGUGAAUUUUUUUAAC